AUGGCGCUUAAAGCCAUCAAGCUGUUAGUUCUCACCCUCAUCACCCUCCUUGCGAUCAACGUACACGGAGUGCCCUCCCCAUCCCUGGCUCCGCGAGGGAAGGCCGAUAUCCUGCUGGAGAUCCUAAAAGCAAUUGGAGUCUUCACUGACGACAAGAGCAACAAGUCAUGGGACUUCCACCGCAACAAAGAAAUGUGCGAAAUCUUCUUCAGCACCCGCGACGGCGGCCACUGCUACGCCUCCGUCGAGUGCCAAAAUGGCGGCAAGCGCAAAUACAAGAUCUGGAACGUCUGCUACGUCGGCGGGCGCCAGUACUUCACCGACCCGCGCAUCGGCAAGUUCUCCAUCACCUUCACGAUGCGGGACGGGCGCGAGGGCCAGGGCCUGACGGAGCCGAUACUGCAGGUUGCCUCGGUGGGUCGCUGGAUGAAGAUCCCCGUGUCGGACCUGGCGAAGAAUCAUCGAUCGGCGGAAUAUUUCGAGGGAUCGGACGAAGAGGUAUAG